ACUUCCGGCUGGGCCGCUGUCUGGGUGGCGCGGCCGGGUCCCCUCGGGUGUCGCCGCUCCUCGCUUCCACGGCCGUCCCCCCGCCCCGCGCGGGGGGUUGGGCGGCCGCGGGAGGCGACUCGGACCUUCCCGGUGCCUGCGGUUCGUUCUGCGCCGUGGCUGUGCGCGCGGCGGCGCGGGGGUCCCCGGGGUCGGCGGGGCUGCGGCCUAGCCGGGCCUGCCGCCCGGCCCCAUGAGGCACAGCCUGACCAAGCUGCUGGCUGCCUCGGGCCGCGACUCAUCGAGUGUCCGCGCCGGCCGGCAGGACCCGAGCGCGGCGGCCGCGGGGGCGGAGACCUCGGCGGGGUCGGGGUCGCCUGAGCGCCUGCUGCCGCAGAGAGACGGAGACGAGUCGGAGGCGGCCCGGAGGGGGAGCCGCGGCGGCGUGGCCGUGCGCGCGCUCGCGCCCUCGCCCCCGCCAGGGAAGAUGGAGGAGGACGAGGAGGACGCGAUCGCCAUGGUCCCCAAAGAAGAGCCGGAGGACAUGGACUUUCUCUCCGGGCUGGAACUGGCCGAUCUGCUGGACCCUCGGCAACCGGAUUGGCAUCUGGAGCCCGGGCUCAGCUCUCCCGGGCCCCUGUCCUCGUCCGGCGGAGGCUCGGAGAGCGGCGGCCUCUUGCGGGGAGACGACGACGACGAGAGCGCGGCCGCGGAGAUGCAGCGCUUUUCUGACCUGCUGCAGAGGCUGCUGAACGGCAUCGGAGGCUGCAGCGGCGGCGCCGGUGGCGAUCGCGGCAACGCGGAAAAGAGGCGGAGAAAGUCCCCGGGAGGAGGCACCGGCGGCGCCACCACCAACGACAACAACCAAGCGGCGACCAAGAGUCCCCGGAAGGCGGCGGCGGCCGCGGCCCGUCUCAAUCGGCUCAAGAAGAAGGAGUACGUGAUGGGGCUGGAAAGUCGAGUCCGGGGACUGGCCGCCGAGAACCAGGAGCUGCGGGCCGAGAACCGGGAGCUGGGCAGACGCGUGCAAGCACUGCAGGAGGAGAGUCGCUACCUACGGGCCGUCCUCGCCAACGAGACGGGACUGGCUCGCCUGCUGAGCCGGCUGAGCGGCGUGGGACUGCGCCUGACCACCUCGCUCUUCAGGGACUCGCCCGCCGGUGACCACGACUACGCCCUGCCGGUGGGGAAGCAGCCGCCGGAGCUGCCGGAAGAGGACGACGCGGCGGGAGGAGUGUGUCUCCAUGUGGACAAGGAUAAGGUGUCGGUGGAGUUCUGCUCGGCGUGCGCUCGGAAGGCGUCGUCUUCUCUUAAAAUGUAGGGUCAAGUAAUCUGCUCUUUACCCGCGGUUACCCCCUUCUGCUCCCUUACACCAUGUCAAACACCUUAGUGGGACAUCUUCACCGGACACAUUUCAGAGGCGGAAAAAAAAAGUAAUAUUAAAUCUUUUAAGUGUUUAGCUAAAACGCAUGAAUGUGACACUGUAACCAACUCCUAAUGAUAACCUGUGACUAUUAAAUCUCUCUGACAGUUUCUUUUUUAGGUGAUUUCCUUCCUGCCAGGCUCCGUUGUAGGGGUUACAGAACAGUCGUUCCCGCCUCCCAACCUGGUAAGGAUCCAUCUCUUCACGUAACGCUCAUGCUCUGCUGCUUAGUCUGCUUUACUGGGCAACAUCUCAAUUUGUGUGUGUGUGUGUGUGUGUGUGAGAUAUAUUUUCUGUUUCUUUUUUUAUUGAAAGGUGGGAGGGGAUUCUUCAUUUGGGCCCUGUCCACCCUGGAAACAGACUUGUGCUGGUCAACGAUGUACUUAAAGUUGCUUCUGGUUGAAAUAGCUGUUAAAUGUGUCCCCUUGUUCAGAGUUGCGUGUCCCUAGCUCUUCUGUCCCCAGUGUGGACAUGGCCUUGGAAGACAUCGGUUCCAACUGUACACUGAAACCUGCUAAUAGAGAUACAGUUUGGAGACAGUGAAACAGGUGAAGUGAAUGGAACUUCCGAGUUGUACCUGGUGCAAAUUGGAAUUCCAAUUGUAGAGCAAUUUCAAAGGUUGACAUAAGUAUUUGAGGCAUGCACAAAUGUAUUUUUCUGGAGAUGACAAAUCUCUUAAAAUACUUAAGAAUGCCUUCUAAUUUACAGUAGAAAACACAGAAAUACAAUCUAUAUAAGAUCCUAAUAUUUCAUUACUUAAGUUGGAAAUUAACCUACCCUUCAGAUUUCUGGGAGAAUGAUUAGUGAAAUGUCUGAGGACCAGCACAGUAAUUAUCUAUCACUGAGUACGAAGAAAUUGUUGGAAGCAUUUAUUUUUGUUGUAUUAAAAUUUAGGCUAAAUUUGUGUAUGAUUAGAUAGAUAUUGAAGGCUAUGAAAUGUGAAUGAAAACAUGUAAAGUGAGGCUUCACAAAGAAUCUUAUUUUCCAUAUUUCUAAAAUUUUUCACUUUUUAAAAUUAAAUAGUUUUUGCCACUUAAUAUGAUUUAUACUGUUUUUUUCCAAAGAUGGAAAAGUAUUCUUCCCUUGAAAUACUGUUUAUUGUCCACUUGUCUAAAUCUGUGUUAUCAUGUCCUAACGUGCAAGAGUCAUUAAAUUCUUUGUGAAACAUCACUGUUUGAUAAAGGAUAUACGUAUUUAGCAUCCUUGUUUUUCUUUGUGCUAAAGUGGAUACAGCUGUUGGGGCAGAAGAGACGGGACCAGCUGCUGGCCACAUUUCCUGCUUUAUUUUAAAAGCUUAGCAGUAUCUGCAAAAACGAAUCUUUUCCUACAACCUGUUAACUGACUGGACUGAUGGUAACAGUAAUUGUGGGAGCCAUGUCGGUCAAAAAUUUGGCAUCUGCUGCAAAACAUGAAUGCCAUUUCCAAGUUCCCAAAUUACUUCUAUACUGAUUACACUUUCCAGAAACGGAGAUAUGAAAAGAUUCUCUGGAAUGCUUGAAAGACUUAAUAGAAAUCCAUGAGACUAAGUUAAUUUUGGAACAGAAUUACAUCUUUUUGUCCUUUCAUGGCAGUAACACUAAAUUUAUUGCAUACUUUUUAAAAAAUAAUUGUAACCAUUGGAGAAGAGAAUUAUAGUGUUUUAUCAAGAAACAUUAGAUUUUUAUACAGUCAAGAAUUUUUAUACACUCUGGAAUUAGAUUUAGUGGGUUAGAGUGACAUAAAUAGGCCAGCAGUGGUCACAAAACUUACUAUGAGUUUGUAUUUCUGGAAUGCGAGAAGCUGCUUUGGAAGACAGACACCUUGCUGAGUAGAAUAAAGUCCUCAACUUAAAGAGUAGUGUUUUAAACUAGAUGCUUUGAUUGUGUAUUUUUAAAAGGGACUCUUUUAAUGUGUGGGUGGUAUUGCCAUUUAGGGUAACAUGAGCUUGUGUGCAAUCUCAGGUUUGGCGUUUUGGACAUUGAGUACUUGAUCCUGUUUGAAUGUGUUCAGGUGUCUGAUGAAUGACAUAGUUUCUACUGUUCUGUUAAAAUUUCUGUAGUGUUCUGUAAGAAGGAUCUUCAUAUUUUGGAUGAUAAUGACUUAUUUCAUAUUACAAGUAAAAAACCCAUUCAA